AAAAAUGCUCUCGUAUAUUCUUCUUGACGAAUUGUUGUGUGAAUUAACACAUUCCGCGUUUCUCUUUUUGGCUUUUCCCUGGUUUUGGACCAAAUUUUUUUUCUUUUUCCUUUGGGAAAAAAUGAUUUGGUUCUUUUCGUCUUCUUUGCUUCCUGUCGUUGAUGACAAAAAACAGGUUCGUGUAGCACCCGAGCCAAUCGGUGAUGUCUACGUCUGUUUUGGUAGAGGUAUCAUACCUCUUACCACUUUCAAAAACAACCCUGAGCUUUUUGCACAGACUACUCCUUUGCCUGUUGAUUCUCCUGUUGUUGCUCUUCCUCCCGAGGAUUCUGCUGGUCGACCCUUUUCUUCCGUUCCGUCUGUGCCAACUGUCACAAAGAAGGAACAAAAAUGUUACUCUUUGGACUGUGCUUGCGUGGUGGGCAUGCCAUGUCUCAGUGAUGGUUCUUUGCCUUCUUUUCCGUCUGUCCUUCCCGUCCGUUCUCGCGUUCCCUCCUUUGCUUUCGGAUGUGAAGCUUUAACACAAGCCUGGCUUGUAAAUAAUUCUGCUUCUGUUUCCUGUUUUUCGUCGUCGGUUGCUCGUGGAGAUUUAUGUCGCUCUGCCGUUGCUCCCUGUUUGUCCGUUUCUCGUCUUGCGGUUUCUUCCCCAAUUGGGGAUAACGCUAUUCCUGCGGUUUCUUCCUCCCUUGAGGAUAACGCCAUUCCUGCGGUUUCUUCCUCCCUUGAGGAUAACGCUUCUUUUUCUGUUGGUCCUGUUGCUUCGGCUGGCUCAGGUGUUUCUGGUGGUUCUCCACCUUUGCCUUCUUUGACCUCGGUUCCUGUUUCUUCGGACUGUUCUUCCGUUCGUUCUUCUCCUGUCUUGUCUCCCGCUUGCGCUUCUCUUGCUUGGCCUUCCUUUCCCCCUUCUCCAGUGGUGUCUUCCGUUCCUACUUCUUUCGGUUGGGAUUCUUUUCCUGCUUCUCCUGUGUCGGCUUCUGCUUCUGCUUCUCCCGUCUGUUCCUCGGCGCCUGGGUCCCCGGGCUUGUCUUUCGGUUCUUUUGCUUUGUUUGGGGUUGAGAUCACACCUCCCUCCUCUCCUUCCCCCCGUGCGACUUCUGUUGCCUCUCCUGGUCCUUCCUCCCCUCCUCUUGUUUCUUCUCCUCGUCUUGUUUCUUCUCCUCGUCGCCCUUCUUCUCCUUGUGAGGAAGAAAAUAAUCGUGAUCGUAAGAGAAUUCGAGCUCGAGGUUAA